GGCAGGACGUCGAGGGAUACGGAACAGCUGCAGUGUGUCCGAAGGAUGCUCCUCUGUCAGGUGAGAUUCAGCAGCAAAAAUAAUGGUAAUUAAUUGGAAGUGAAGACCCUCAGAUGCUCCUGGGCGUAUACCGCUUUACAACUACAUGGAAGGACACCGACGAGUGGAUGGAAACAGCAUGCGGUGACUGAGGCCUGAAGGCGCGGUGUGUCCAGUGGUGGUGGCAGCAGCAGCAGCAGCAGGCAUCUUGCUUAGAUGAAGGAUGAAGAGCCCGGUGCACAGAUGCAGGGACGUAGAACAUGGCCGUGGGCAGACCGGGAAUGGGGCAGGAGGCAGCUUCCUACAGGCUGAGCAGCGCAUCCCUAUCCCCAAAGAUGUUAUCACUUCUUCCUCCGCCUCUGCCAUGUGGUUCAUCAGGGACGCCUGUGGCAUUGUGUGCGCCAUCAUUACUUGGCUGCUUGUGUUGUAUGCCGAGUUUGUGGUGCUGUUUGUAAUGCUGCUGCCCUCCAAAAGUCUGACAUACAGCAUUGUGAAUGGGACCCUGUUCAACACUCUGGCCUUCCUUGCCCUCGCCUCACACCUCAGGGCCAUGUGCACUGACCCUGGUGCAGUACCAAAGGGGAAUGCUACUAAGGAAUACAUAGAAAGCCUCCAGCUAAAACCAGGGCAGGUGGUCUACAAAUGUCCCAAGUGCUGCAGCAUCAAGCCAGACCGGGCACAUCACUGCAGUGUUUGCAAACGCUGCAUAAGAAAGAUGGACCACCAUUGCCCCUGGGUCAAUAACUGUGUUGGAGAGAACAACCAAAAGUAUUUUGUUCUUUUCACAAUGUACAUUGCACUAAUUUCUCUCCACUCUCUGACCAUGGUGGUCUUCCAUUUCCUCAACUGCUUUGAAGACGAUUGGACAAAAUGCAGCACCUUCUCUCCCCCAGCCACAGUCAUCCUCCUCAUACUCCUGUGCUUUGAGGGCCUCCUCUUCCUCAUCUUCACCUCUGUGAUGUUUGGCACCCAAGUCCACUCCAUCUGUACCGACGAAACAGGUAUAGAGCAGUUGAAAAAGGAAGAGAGAAGAUGGGCUAAAAAAACUAAAUGGAUGAACAUGAGGGCGGUGUUCGGGCACCCUUUCUCCUUGUUGUGGUUUAGUCCCUUCUCCACCCCUGACCAUGGGAAGGCUGAGACAUACCAGUAUGUGGUGUGAGAGCUCAGCACGGGGAACGAGGUUCGCCCCAGCCCCCACUGAGCAGACCUGUGGCUUUCUGUCCAUCCUUUCACUGUUGAACAUAAUUUACAUGCUAGGGCUGUCGCUUUUACCCAAAAUCUACUUUGAAGGAAUUUUACACUACAUACGGUUCCUUAAAGGAUAUUCAGAUAUUUGCCGUACAUGCAAUGACUGUUGGAAUAAGUCAUGUUAGGUUUAAGUCUUGUUGCAUUGCCUGUGGAGACGUACUCAGGUGGAGCUAACAACUGAGCUAGGUAAGCAGGUCUAGGGCUGAAACAAUUACUUGUCAACUAUUUUGAUAAUUGGGUUGAGUUUUUUUUUUAAAUUUUAUCCACAUAACAAAGUAAUUAUUAAAACUGAAUCAUAAUAGUUUGUGGACAAAGUGAACAUCGUAAUUUCCUGGUUUGAAAAACACUACGGAUCUGAAUAAUCAACAGAUGAAUCGAUUAUGAAAAUAAUUAUAAGUGUGUAAUAAGGAUGGCAUGAUACCACUUUCACGUGUCCAAUACCAAUAUCACAAACUCGAAUAUCUAUCUACCGAUAUCAGUCAUUUCACACCUUUUAAACUAUAAAAGCAACACAGUUGUGCCAUUUCAAGCUAUUGAAAAGACAGAACUCUCCAAUAUGUAACGUAUUAUUUUCCCAUAACAGCCCAAAAAUGACUCAGCUAAAAUGCUGCUGCUGAUUUUUAUUGCAUCCGAUUGUAUCACAUUUUACAUUUUUUAUCCAAUCCAGUGAUUUUGACCAGUAUUAGACCGAUACAGAGUAUGAUAUUGGCUCAUCCCUAGUGUACAACCCCAAAUACUCUCACAUACGUGGAUCUCAGGCCAAUCUGUACUCACAUCGCCCUCUGUUGCACCACGGGGUAAUUACUUCAGGCGGUCUGAUAAGCUUCCAGGCUGUAUAUUUUCAACUUGAAUGUGAUUUAAACUUUUCAGGUUCAAACUCUCCCUCCUAAAUUUAAGUAGAUAUCUGAAUUUUGGACAAAAAGCGACAGCCCUACCCAACACACAUUAGCCACGGGCAGCUUUUCACCUUUCAGUGUUGCCAAACAAAUUGUGCUUUACAUUCAAUUUUUUGUGUUGCCUUCAGUAACUCAAGUUACAGAGUUGAAGAAAGAACUUGAGUUUGUGUGUCCUGUUUGCAAACACUGUGAUGAGUCGGUCUUUUUCUGAACUGCUUUCUGUUGUAGCAGAAGCGCCACCUUUUUCCCUGCCCUGUGUUUUCUUUUGUUUUCCACUCGAAGGGUUGCUUAAGCUAAAUUAUAUAAAAAAGUGUAUUUAUGUAUACAUUUCAACUGCCACCUCAUUUCAAUGGAUGAGUAGGGAAUAUCCCUUUGUACCAGAUUUAUGAUUAAGCUUCACUGUCUACAGUUCAAUCCUUUCAUCUUUGCCCUUUUGAAUUAUACCCAAAUAAUUUGAUUAGCGGCUGCUGGGACUCGGACGGUUAAGAAGUUUUACUCAUCCUUUGAAAUGAAAAGAAUUUAGUGAGUUCAAAUGUGGACCCCCCCCCAUUUUGGAGAAAGUCUUUGCCUGUGUGCCAAGUGUGUGUACACUUGUAUUUAUAUCUUUGUGAGGACAUUUUGACCUUGUGGGGACAUUUUGAUUUUGUCUGGACUCCCCACAACUUUAAAAUGUUUGUUCAGGGUUAAGACUUAGUUUUAGGUGAGGGUUAGGUACUUGGUUGGGAUGUAAAGGUUAGGGUAAAGAGCGAGGGAAUGCAAACCUGUCUUUGUGAGGACAUUUGACCUUGUGGGGACAUUUUUUUCUGGACCCCCCACAACUUCAAAAGGCUUUUUCUGGGCUAAUACAUUAUGUCUAUGGGGUUGUCCUCACUAAGAUAUAAAGACAAGUUUGUGUGUGUGUGUUAGGGAGAGAUUUGGCAGUGAUUCUGGCAGUGAAACAGCCCCGGAGCCAUGUGGUGUUUUGAUGUUGUUAGCAUGUGUGUGGGUGUGUGUGAAUGAUAAACACACCGUCUUGACUUUCAAUUAGAAAACUUAACAAAUCCUAGUGGUGUUAAAGGGAUAGUUCUGGGGGUUUUUUUAAGUAAAGGAACACAGUUAACACUUUGUUUUGCUGUAAACGGGGACUUCUGCUACACUGAGAAAAUAUAGUGCCACGGGAAUGGGGUGUCUGACGGUUAAUGGCUGAAAAUAUUCCCAAUCUAGUGUCCAUUUAGAAGGUUAUCAAUCUUCAUUUACGUUGCUCUAUGACGUUUUUCUCAGCUCUCCCUGGUCACAGCAUAAUAACGAGUCUAAAUCUCCUCCCUCCAAACUGGCAUUGAGCUGAAUGCUGUUUAUAUAAGUGCGUUUUAAUCCCCUCUUCUUGAAAAAAUCCUUUAAAUCGAAGUAUUAAAGAAAAGAACCAUCUCAUAUUUUUAUUUUGCAGCAGUUGGGGUUUUAGCUUAACUGUAUUUCUCAGCUCCUGUUUGUUUUUUUUAUUUAUGUUUACACAGCUUCUUAAAAGGUUGAUUGGCUCUGUGUGUGUGUUUAUCACUUCAGAACUUUUCCUGUGUGAAAUGCUGUCUGUUCUACAGUGUACAAUUUAAUUCUCCUCUUCUGUGUUUACUUGAUAUUUUGUGUCUCUGGUAUCUGAAUGCAUGGCACAGGCGAAGGCGAUUAAAGUCAUGUAUGUAUUUAUGUGAACUGCUGGUUCCAUGUUGGAGAGUUGUUUUUUUUUAAAAGAGACAUUUGAAUCAUUUCCAAAUAUUCUGAAGAUAUUUUCAGCACAUGCGCAGAGAAUAAAUAUUUCUCAGUUGCAACAAAGUGCUUUCUUUUGUCUUUACUCGUUUUUUUUUUUUUACUUCUCAAAGUUUGAAUAAUGUUUACCAAAAGAACAAAAGUCUCUACUUCCUGUGCAUCAGUCAUUUUCCCCGUUUUACCUCUCUCACAUUUUCCUCAUCUUUGUCUUCUGUUUAAUCCCACUUUGCCAUGUCCAUGUGAAAUGUUCUCUCCACACUCAUGCAUUCGCUUUGGUUGAUAACUCACUCUGUGAAAGCCUUUUCUGAAGCAGACCGCUCUUAAUAACUGUGACACAGAGGUAAGCUUGGAGCAGAGGUCACAAUAGUCACAUCACAUCACACGCAUGCAGAUUCGACUCCGAACGCCAAAAUGCAAAUUACCCCACUUUUUCUGUUGUCGUCGUCGUCGCUGUUUUAAAUUCAACCAAAACAUGAAUGAAUGAAUGAGUGAGUGAGCCCUGUGAUACCCACACCGUUAUUUCUUUUCAAAUGUUUGUCAUUCAUUGGGUUUAAUCAUUUAUAUUUUUAAAGUGCAUGCAUGAGUACUUUUGUGCUUUGAGUAAAUCUUGGGUAUGUUUCUUAGAAAACAAGUGAAGCUUUUGCUCAGACUUCUUUCGGAAUAUGGCCAGAUUAACAGAUUACUAAAAUUGGCUGUCAUUAUAUAUAUUUUCUUUUUACAGGAUUUCAUUUCAAAGUGUUAACUAAUUUAUUUUUGGCUUCCAUCCACAAUUUACUGCUGCUAUUGAAUCCCAAAAAAUUCUCCCAACCAUUAUUUCUCAGAUAGUCUGACGGGAUACUCUGCUCAGAGCUUAAAAUAUUGAUUUUUGAGACCAGCGUAUCGAUAACCACCAGGGUCAGGACACAGAUACAGUGUACUGCUGUAUUGAUAUUUUGUCCCUUUUGUUUUCCAGCUGAAUAUUUCUCACACUUAGUAGAACCUACCGAGCCUCAGGUGUUUUGUACUUGUACUAAUGAAAGUUUCAAGGCUGUUUUUAGUCUGGAUAGUUUCACUUGUUUCUGAGAAAAGAGCCCAAAAAAAGUGUAAUGAUUAUGUGAUUUUUUUUGCCAUCAACUGUGUCAUAUGUGUGAUUGACUUGUGCAUGUUGUGCUGAUACACACCCAUUGUCGUUUAUUUCUGGCUCGGCUCCUUUCACCUCACAGCCUCCAUGUGUCUUUUUUCCAGGGCAUAGAGCGUCUGAAGGGUGAGACAGGGAAGUGGGUGAAGGUGCCGUGUUGGGAGGCCAUGCAGGUGGCAUUUGGAGGCCCGUUCUCUCUGUCCUGGUGCAGCCCCUUCGCAGGGCUGAGCUGCAAGAAGAACACUGCAGAGCACGUCACUGUUCCGCAGGGGGAGAUCAUUGAGGAGGACGUCAUCGAGAUACCACUCAACUAGCACCGCCUGCUGUCAGGGGGACAUUUCGUCUCACGGUGGAAAUUCUCUUCAGGAAUAUUAUCAAGAUCGCUGUUUCCAAGGAUUUCUGCGAUGCAAGAAAUACCUGGACAUAGAAUUUCUAAUGUUGGUUGCCAAACAAGAAGUAAGCCUGAUUUCUAGUCAGCAGACUUGGGCCUUUUAUUCACUUUCCCUGCAUGCUGUCUUGCUGCCACGGAAAUAUACCUAAAAUGGAGAAGAUGACCUAGAGCAUGUGCGUUAAUCUAGUAGGAUUAAGGGUUAGGUUAGUGGUCUUUUGAGACUUUUCUUUUUUUUUUUUUUUAGAUAUUUCUGAUACCCGUUUUCCAAAAAAACAACAGGUUUUAGGGCUCCGAACAUUAAAAUCCAUUUAGGAUCACUGCUACAUGUUCUGAGCUCCUCUCAGAUGAGAAAGGACAAACACAGGUGAUCGGAUCUCUCCAUCUCUUAAAUGUUCCACUCACUGAUACACUUAAAAUUGCAUUUAAUAAACUCUUUCCACCAAAGACACCUGUAGAACAGGCUUCCUGUACAUUUAAACAAUAUUAACUGCUCUUCCAGUUCCGUUAAUGUAAAAUUUAAGAGUAUUUAACUUACACACUGUUUUAAAUGUCCAAUUAUUUUUUUACAUUGCAUUGUAAUUGUACAAAGGAGAAUCACAAUGUAUCUCAUAAUAAUUGAUGUUUUCCUUCGUCUGGUCCACAUUAUAAGAUGAGUUUUAUUCUGUAAACUGAUGCUGUUAAACCUGCAGUGUUUCUGUUUUCUGUAAUAUUGACGCUAUCUCAGGAGAACACCACUGAUACAGCAACACCACUCUGUGGAUUUAAAUUCACCUUGUGCCUUAUCUGACUUCCUAUGACAUUACUUUGCCUCUCAUUCACUUUAACUUUGGGAUCUGUGUCAGAAGUUGCCAUUUUCUUCCCUGUCACUCGUUUGGUCAACAAAUGUCCUCUUCACAAUGAAGACAUGUCCAUGUACUUGAGUGAAAACAAUGGUCUAAGGGCUUUUUUAAAAGUGUUUUAAUGUUGUUACUGUUAAUGUAUAAUAGACAUCCUAUUUUAUCAUGUUUACAUUAUUCCAAUAACCUGUGUUGUGUGCCUGUGGGUUUCAUUUUUAAAUUCUAAAAUAAAGUUUUUUUUAAUGAAA